AUGGAGAAGCCAGGGAGCCAUGGCACAGCCAAUUGUAAACCCUUAACCACGUUUGUACAAACAGAUACAAAUAAUUUCCGAGAGGUCGUUCAACGACUAACCGGCCUAUCAGAAGGUAAUGCAGCACAAGAAAGGGCAACAAUGAAGGUUGUGGGUAUAAAAAGAGCAACACCAAAACUCCAUGAGAGAAGGCAAUACUCUAGGCCUAGACUUGAGAUAGUUAAACCCCCUGUCCAAUUUAAACCUAGCACAUCAACCGACCUCCACCACAGCUUCUCCCCCACCACAUCAGGAAACUCUAGUUUUCUCCCAAGCCCUGUGACUCCUUCUACAAUUUUCUCGAAGCUGUGCAUCCUGGAAGAGGAGAAGAAAGAAGAAUCGACAAUACCUGAAUUGAAUAGUCAAGAAGAAGAGAAAGCCAUCAAAGAGAGGAGAUUUUAUUUGCAUCCAUCACCUCGAUCCAGACCAGGAUACACUGAGCCGGAGUUGCUUACCUUGUUCCCUCUAACAUCUCCAAAAACAAGUGAGAAACUAUGA